UGUCACUGUCGAAGUCGAAUGUACGUAUUCGAAGCAUUAUUAUUAAAAUAUGUAGGUAAAUUUAAAAUUAUUUGGCAUGUCUAAAGACGUACUAAAUAAAUGUGGAACAGAUAAUCAAAAGUCCAAACCUUUACCAAACAACUAUACAGAUAAUCAAGAUGAUAAAAAAUUAUUGUCAAAAAAAGGAUGGUUGCAAAAAGAUUCCAAUUUCAAUAAAACCGAAACAGAUAAUAAUUGUAGUACAGAAGUGAUUUCUCGUUCUAUUAAUAAGCUUUUAAAAAAUGAAAAAAAAUCUAGACCCACAGCGAACCCGACUAAAGUAUGUUUAAAACCAGAAGUCUUACAUGAAUCUAAAGAACAGUUUGCACAAAGAAUAAAACAGGCAUGGAUCGAUCGGGAACAGUCAAAAUCAUGUAUAAAUAUUUAUCUGGCUAGAAAUGUUAUCGAAGACCCUUUGAUGGAAUCUAUAGAGGAUGCACAGGAGUCUACAAUACAAGUAGAGGAAAAAGACUCUUGUAGAACCGCGUUGGAAGUGCAACUCCAGAACCAUGUAGGAGAAGGUGAAAAUUCACCAGAAGACUCUAGUGAGGAGGAAAAACCUCUUUCGGCUGCCGCGAGAAGAGUUAGAUUUUACAAGACUGCGAAACAACAACAGAAUGAAAGACAAACUUUGACCAGAGCAAUGUCGGCGCCUUCGUCGAGGCAACAAAUCGUAAAUUCUACACAAGGACUUUAUUCGACAAGCUCACGAAGAAAAUCACAAGAUGUUCAUAAGUUCUCGACCAGAAAAUUAAAAUCUUGUAGAAGUAAAGCUUUUCAUAAAAGUAUUGAUGUAGAUAGUCGUCUGCCAAAUGGUCAAAAGUUUGGUAAAAGGAAUCAAAAUGUUGAAGUAGUAACGAUGAUGUCACUUUUAAGCCCAGUUGGAAGCGAUGUAGAGGAAUCACUAACACCUGAUGAUGUAUCUACAAAAACCGUUACAUUUCCUCAGUUUAAUAACAGUAUGCGUUAUCAUCAAAAAUCAUUUGAUAGUGCAAUGACAUCGAUUGGAAAACCAAAACUUCUUAACAAUCGUGUUGGAAAAUCGUUGAUGAAAUCAAGAACAAUAGAGAUAUCAAGGGAUGAUGAAGAUGACGGGCCAGUUGUAAAAGAAGUCGUAAUCUCCAAACUCGGCAACGAUGACGACGACAAUGAAACACUGCAUAACAAAGAAAUCGCACAGAUCGACGUUCGCUACGAUGUACUCGACGGCCAACCGAUGCUCAAAUCCGACAAAGAGAAAGAAUGUUGGGCUCUUUUCAAGAAAAUGACGGCUAAAGGAGUGUCUGUCACUUUUGAUACCGUAUUGAGGUUCGGUUUGUGCCGAAUAUUAUUCGAAAAGGAAUGUUAACACCGACUGAAUAUAGACUGAGAAAAAACGAACUCCUGUUAUUUGGAUAAAAAUACGCAACAUGCAUACAUUUUACGUAUUACUUACCUAGUACCUACUUAUAUUAUAUUGAUAUCGUUACAAUGUUAUUGGAGUCAUCGCCGACUACAAAGUUCCUAUACAUAUUAUAUAAUAUUAUUAGCUUUGAUGUACCGAUUUAUGUCGUCGUCGUUAUAGGCUUAUACUAUUAUGCGGUAAUAACAAUAUUCGUAUAUUAUAGCUAGGUUUAGGGCCUGCUGAACGGGGUAAAAAGAGAACGAAAAACGUCAUCGUGAAUAUAAUAUUAUUGUAACAUUGUUUGAUUAUUCAAGUUGUUUUAUAACAUUGUUAAAUUAUCUGAUGUCAUCGUAGGCCCUAUAAAUAUAAUAUUAUAAUAAUAUUUGUUUAAUCAUCCCAGGAGACACUUAAGGCAAAGUAUAAUAGAAGAAACAAUGUAAUAAGACGCAUUAUAAGCGGUCAUAAGUACGCCCGCUAAUCAACAUUAAUAAGCAAGCACUUCCACGGAGACACAAAUUAUAUUUCUAUAUACUUACGCAUGGCUGUUAUUACAUAUUUAACUUAAAUUCGCGUAUUAUUAUAUUUUUAUAUAUUAUAUAAAGUUGUACACCAGCUAUAAACAUAUAUUUAUAGGUACCUAAGCUGCAUCGUGAUGAUGAUGAUAAUAAUAAUGAUAAUGGUAGCGUUUGCCUUACCUAUACUACCUGUACCC